CCACUCUACCCCAAUGACUUUUCCAUGUUACGUAUAGCUUUAGAACAAGCCCAGUUUCUCAAGUCAUUACCAAUUUCUUGAUAAGUUUUCCAAAUCCUUCACAAAAAUUUCCACACCCUCAUCCCUAUAAAUUCCAAGAGAAACACACAUCUAUUUUCAUCCAUUGCCUAAGAUCUUAAACAAACUCAAAAAUGGUGUUCUGCAAGAAUUCACUAGCUCUCUUUUGCCUCAUUAGCCUAGCCUGCUUAAUCCUACCCUUGAAUGCCCAAGACUCACCACAAGACUACCUUAAUGCCCAUAACCAAGCACGAGCAGCUGUGGGUGUUGGACCUAUGACUUGGGACAACAAAGUGGCAGCCUUUGCACAAAACUAUGCUAAUCAACGGGCCGGUGACUGCAAUCUUGUGCAUUCCAGCAAUCGUCCUUACGGGGAGAACCUUGCGAAAAGCAGCGGUGACCUUUCAGGCAAAGAUGCUGUGAAACUGUGGGUUGACGAGAAGGCCUUCUACGAUUACAAUUCUAAUUCUUGUGCUGCAGGCAAGCAGUGUGGGCACUAUACUCAGGUGGUUUGGCGCAACUCGGUUCGCCUAGGAUGUGCUAAGGUGAAGUGCAAUAAUGGAGGAACCUUCAUUGGAUGCAACUACGACCCUCCUGGCAACUUUGUUGGGCAGAAACCUUAUUAAUUGAAAAAUCUUCAUGGUAUCGUGUUUUCUGUUCAUUAAUAAGUGAAGAAGCUUUGUUAUAUGUAUUAUCAAGCAUAACAAUAAAACAGUUAAUCAGCUUUAA